AUGGAUUCAGCCAACCCAAGCAAGAUUCGCGUCGUCAGCACGCAGAGAAUAUUUCCACAGGAGCCCUCGUCCGAACUCACUACAACCAGGCUCUCCAUCAUCGACAACACCGUGGCGAGGUUCGCACUGACGGCAGCCGUCUGGUUCUACGACAAGCCGAAUCGGCCGCUGCGGGAACAUGUCUUCCCGACUUUGCGACAAUCCCUCGCCCGCACCCUAAAUGACUAUCGCCACUUUACCGGACAGCUCCGGUGGGCGACGGCCGAUGAGGUCAGGCACACCGCAGUACCCCGCCACCUCGGUCGUUUGGUAGCCGAGUAUGGGACGUCCGACGACUUGGGAGUCGAGCUCGUCACAGCCGAGUAUGAAGCCAGCGUGGCCGACGUGGUGAUUGACAGAAGGGACCCGGCGCAGAUUUGUGGCAAAGAUGGAGACCGUUUGCACAUUUGGGAUGCGACAGACUUGCCCCAGAAUGAUUUCUUGCCUGCGAACAAGGUUGCCCUCUCGUCCCUUGGUACGAUAGGCGGGAUUCCAUCCGUCGCGAUUCAACUUACGGCGUUCCGCUGCGGUGGGUUCUCCGUCGGCAUCAAGAUGGCGCAUCCGCUGGCAGACGCGAUUGGGUUGAUUUGGUUCAUGCGUAACUGGGCAGCCUUUUGCAGAGCUGCGAUACUUAGCUCCGGUACUGACGGGCAGACAGAGCCCUCAUCCUUUACUCCGCCUCCUCCUCCCUUGUUUGAUCCCGAUCGAAUAGAAACUCUCGCCGGCCUCGUCGCGCCAAAGGAUACAACCACAGAGACAAAGCCCGACCAGGACAAAAUUGUUACCGCCCGCGCUCUACCCAUGCACCGGCACGACUGGUGGGACUUUUCAGCCCCUGGCUACCCGGAUUGGGCUCGCGCAUCCUCCGAGGUGACGAUGCCCCCACCUUCAGCCGUCAUCGACACAUUCACCCUCAGCCCAUCCCAGCAACCUCCAUGGCAGUCCUGGGACAUGGCGGCCCCGGUGACGCGCGUGCAAAUCCUCUUUCCCGCGUCCUCCGUCGCCAUUCUCAAGGCGACUGCCGAAAAGGCAGUCGAAGCAAACGCGGUCGGGACGGCACCGCCACGCAUCUCUCGCCUCGACGCCGUCCUCGCCCACAUUUGGGUCCUCAUCAACAGGGCACGUUAUCCCAGCUCUAAGGGAGCGCCCGAGUAUGACAAUAGGAACGGCAACGAGGAGCAGGCCGAGGAAGUCUACCUCAACAUGACUCUCGGGCUGCGCUCGCGCUUCUCCCCUCCACUACCUGACAACUUCGCUGGCUCGCCGCUGCUGGUCGCCCACAUCAAGCAAAGCGCUAGCCGACUGGCACAAUCAUCCUCACCAACAGAAGCCACGCUCGGUGAAGUGGCGGCCUCGAUCCGCGAGAUGAUCGGUAAGUUCACGCCCAAGGCGGUCGCGGCGCACGUCUACGACGCGGCGCACGAGGUCAGCCCGCAGCGACUGUGGCAGGCGUUCGUCGGGCGGCGUCACACGCUUGCCACGUCGUGGCAGGGGCUCGAGACGUACAGUUUGGACUUUUGCGGAGAGGGAGGUGGUGGCGUUGCCGCGAGAAACGUGCAGGCGAUCAUGCCUAACAUGGACGGGUUGGUGCAUGUGAUCGACGUGGACGGCACUGGAGGUGCGCUUGAUGUCAGUGUAUGUCUUGAGAAGGGCGCCAUGGAGCGGUUGCUUAAAGACCCGAUGCUUCGGGCUCAAAAGAUUAAGGAAUCGGAGUGGAGUUGCCACACGAGAACAAAAUCCGUUCUGGAUCACAACACCCGACAACCUAGAUUUGCCCGCACAGUCCGAACCCUAUUACGCCCGGGACACAAACGGAUUCUUCCAGUACCCCGGCGCCGCGUUGGUCUCCUGGGGCUUCUCAAGGGCAACCCAAUGGCCGGCCUCGAUGGUCACCUCGGUCAAAUCAUCGCACAGGUCCCUCAUGGGCUCGGCCAACCUCGAAAUCGUCGUGUCGACUAUGCUGUCCCAUCGCGCUCCGAUGAAGAGCACAGGGAAGCUCAGGCGUCCGCCGUUGGGCGCCUUGGCCAAGUACUCGCGGUUCGUGUCAAAGUUGCGAUAGUAGUCAUUGGGGCCCUCGAAGCCGUUCUUUUGGAGCUCGGCAACCAACCUCUCGAAUGCGGGCUCGUCUUGGGCGAAAAGAGUCGCCUCGAACGGCACGUCGGGCGCCUCGGCCGUCGGGCUACCGAACCAGCCGCCAAUCUUGCGCAUCAUCGCCGUGAAGGCCGGCUUGCGGUAUCUUUCGGCGUUGCCGGGACGGUAGAGGGCCUUGACGGUGUUGGGAACGUUUGCGCCAAGCUGCGCGGUGCUGGCCUCGGGCUGCUCGUUGUGGAAGGCCAUAUAAUCCCACUGGGCGUUGGGGAACUGGUCCUCCGGGUAGAUUUCGCGGUCAGACAGGCUGGCGAGAAGUUCGAUGCCCUGACCGAGGACGGCGUACGGCACCGUCAGGCAGCAGACGCCGAUGCACUUUUCCGGCUGCAUGGCGGCAAAGGCCCACACGAGCCCCGCGCCCCAGUCGUGGCCGAUCCAGACCGCCUUGUCGCGGCGCAGGUGCGCGAGCAGCGCCAGCAUGUCCGAGACGUGGUGCUCGAGGGCGUACGCCUCGUGGCCCUUGGGCACGCUGGAGCGGCCGUAGCCGCGGGUGUCGGGGGCGACGGCGUGGAAGCCAAGGCCGCCGAGGGCGAGGAGCUGGGGCUUCCACGUCUCGCCGUUGGCGGGCCAGCCGUGAAUGAGGAUCACGAGGGGACCAUCGGUGGGGCCGGCGGACCAGUAAAAGGUGGUCUUGUCGCCGCUGUGGUCGAAUGUGUUUUCGCGGAGUGGAGAGGUCAGGUGUAG